GGAGGAAGUGAGACUUUUGUAAAUAGCUGGUCUUAUUUCUGUCACCAUCACCUGCUGUGGCGAUUACAACCGAGAGCCGGAGCCAGAGACCUCCGUCGCGCUGCUCCGUUCUUCCGACCUGCGAAAAGGACCCCAGCUUUCGGACGCUGUCUUUGCGGAGGGCUCCUGGUUGCAACUUUUCUUCCCUACCCGUCCCCCCUUCCCCCCACGAAAGGCAUGGAUGUACUUCCAAUGUGUAGCAUCUUUCAGGAACUCCAGAUUGUUCACGACACUGGUUACUUCUCCGCCUUACCAUCUCUGGAGGAAUACUGGCAACAGACUUGCUUAGAGCUGGAGCGAUAUCUUCAGAGUGAGCCCUGCUACGUGUCUGCCUCUGAAAUAAAAUUUGACAGUCAGGAGGACUUGUGGACCAAAAUUAUUUUGGCACGGGAGAAAAAGGAGGAAUCUGAACUAAAGACAGCAAGUGCUCCAAAGGAGGACAACCUUAAUAAUCAGACUUUAGAGACUAACAGUCUGAAUUCUGAUAUUAGUAGUGAAUCUUCAGAUAGUUCCGAGGAACUUUCUCCUACAACAAAAUUUACCUCGGAUAUCAUAAAUGAUGUCUUAAGCUUGGCCAGUGCUGGAAACUUGAAUUCAUCUGUCACUUCUACUCCUCCUUCUUCCCCUGAGCUGGGCAAGGAGCCAUCUUCUCAACCAUGGAAUUGUGCCCCCAGUGAAUUGCAUUCACCUGGCAAAAUCCGUACUGGUACUGGUGGAAAGACUGUGGAAAAAGGUACCCUGGUCAGUGGUGAUGCCUCUCCUGAUGGGAGAAGGCGAGUUCAUCGCUGUCACUUCAAUGGGUGCCGGAAGGUUUAUACCAAAAGUUCACAUCUGAAAGCACAUCAGCGUACCCAUACAGGAGAAAAGCCUUACAGAUGCUCAUGGGAAGGAUGUGAGUGGCGUUUUGCAAGGAGUGAUGAACUAACCAGACACUUCAGAAAGCACACGGGUGCAAAACCUUUUAAGUGUAAUCACUGUGACAGGUGCUUCUCCAGGUCUGACCAUCUGGCUCUUCACAUGAAGAGACAUCUCUGAAUGAUUGUGGGCUAAGAGGCUUUGAGGUCAAGCUGGCCUUGGAAGAAAGGAUGCAUAUUCCAGCCAAAGCAUGCCAUUUUGCACCCUAACUCCGUGGCCUCCAGGUCUUCUCUUCCUUGGAAGGUCUUUAGAGGGCUAGAUAAGUCAUGUAAGAAAUGGCUGCAGUGACCAUACGGUGCAGGUCUCCAGCCCAGGGGACCAAACCUUCCGAAUGGCUUCCGACACCUUCUGCCGUGAGCAAACUGGGAGUGUUAAUGAAUGGACAACUGUGUGUUAUGGAGGAUCUACUGGAUGACUGGAUGCUGAGGCACAUUUUUUUAA